AAUGAUGAUUUGGUGCUAAUCAUGAUUAGUGAUCAAAUUUAUCAAGCAAAUCACAAGAGAAAAUGAUCAAGAUAAGAUCUUUCACCUAAAAGUUCUUUGUUAUUAGAUAGAAAACAAGAUAAGAUCCUAACUUUAGGAUUACAAGAGUAUUUAUAUGUCUUUGGAAAACCAAAUGGUUUCCAUUAAAAAGUCUUAAAAGCCCUUAAAAACAUUAAAAUUUCGACUAAGAUAACGCGUCGACGCGGGUUGAGACGAUCGGCACCAACCCGCGUCAUCCUCCCCGCGUUGGACCUUCGACGAUACUCCUUCUUCGUGCGAGCGGGUGAGUGAUCCCGCGCUGCUUCACCCGCGUGACUCCUCGAACAAAGUCUUCGGCAACGCGAGUAGGGGAAGAUGGAGAUCACCCGCGUCGCCUUCCCCGCGUCGGAACUUGAUGAUUCUUCUAGCUCGUGCGAAUGGGUAGUCGACCCCGCGUGAUCCUUCCCGCGUGGCCCCUCCGAGUUGGUCUUUCGGUGACGCGGGUAAGUGGACUCGGGGUGCUGCAACCCGCGUGGCUCGCCUUAUGAUUGAUCAAUCUCCAUUCUUCAUCUCUUUUUGGAUCACAAUGCUUCUAAACACCUCUGAUUCCUCCAUAGGAUACUCCAUUACCUGAUUAAGACAUAUAAAUGCAAAAUGGAUCCUAAAGAUGCUAAACUCAUAAUCUAUAUGAUCAUUAUGCACAAAAUGAAAACUUAAGACAAUGCAAAUAUGCAAGAUAUCAAUUCUCUACAAAAAAAAAAGAAUGAGAGCGAAUUAUUAUUUCUUAUGAAUGGUAAUUUUUUUACGACCGUUAGGAAAUACAUUAUUUCUCAUCGUUCCUUGGUCACCAUCACCUUGAAACUUGACUUAGGUUAGUUUUUUUUAUAAUAAAACUAGGAUUGGCAUUCUUCGUUUUCUUAAGCUAAUAUCCGCAAAAUAUUGUAGGUUUAUGUGAGGACGGUUUAAGUGGGAUCACUUAUUCGCUUUCUAUACGCUAGUUGACUUCCUAGUUAAUCACAUCACACAUCACACAUCCUUAUCAAUCCCAUUGUUAACCUAAUGUAAACAAUGAUAAUUGCAUUUUGAAGGGUGAAAAACAGCAUUCAUGCAUGACUUCCAUCUAACGCGUUGUGUAAUUGUAUUAUGUCAAUAAUACUCUCAAAAAAUUAUACACAACAUAACUGUAAAUAUCCUUAAUUCUUUAAUUAGGGAUUGUGACAUCUACAAGCACUAGACGACAAUCUGAAACAUUUUUUUCUUCUGAAAAUAACCAAUAUACCAGAUUUAAACGCUUAAAUUAAAUCCGAUUAAUUGAAACAAAAUGUACUAUGACUUGACCAGUAUUAUCUUAUGCAUGCUUCUAUCGAUCAUUGUAUGUCUAUUUGAUUUUGAAAUCACUGAUGAAAUGCAACGCUCUAGGGUUCAAUAGAUUGUCUACACCUCACACGGCGUCGCAUAUUAAUUGCCGAUUUCUCGUUUGUAUUUUGUUAUAGUAUUUUAGUUCUCUUAAUAAAGACAGUCUAACGGCCGAUUCAAUGAUUUAUGUGUCAAAAUUUGUUUUUGCAACUGGUAUACGUAGUAGUAUAAUAGUGGCUGUUUUUUUUAAUAUUGCGUAAUCUUUUGUGUGUGAAUGUAUAUAUGCCACAAUUAACAAGUAUUUUAUAAGGUAGGGUGUAUUCUUUAAUCCAUUUCUCUAGAACGGCUGAGCAUAUAUAAAAGAAGGCACCACAAAGAGUUUAAAGAGCCAACAAACUCGAAAGACAAAACAAAACAAAACAAAACAAAACAAAAACUCAAGUUAAUUAUUUUCUUCUUAUACAUAGAUGAAUCAAGAAGAGCAUAUGAAUCAAGGACGGUAUAUUAUGAGUCAAGUAGAAGGCUCAAUGUCUUGCUUCUCCGAGACGAACUCUAGUUCCACAAUCUACAUGAAUCCCAUGAUGGCCGCGACGAGAUCAUCGGGAGAAGACAACGGCAUUUCACUCUCUCUUCUUCUGAAUCUAUCUACCAUACAAGACAAAGUCCAUGAGAUCCAAUCACUGGUCAACUUUUUCAUGAUCUCCCCUAAUAACAAUAACCAAUCCUCGGAGUCAACGUCGUCUUUAGCUGCGGCUAACGUCGAAAGUUUGGUUCAAGACAUCAUCACGGCUGCUUCUUCAAUGAUGCUUACUUGCCAACAACUCCAAAGCUCAACUAACAGCAGCAGUAAUAUUGAUACCAGUCAAACCGCAGAUGCAAUGGUUAUGGAGUUCUCCCAAGACUUCGACCCGGAUCGUGAUUUCAUGGGAGAGUCGUCAAUUAACAUUCUUGAUGUCCAAGAAAGAAGGCAUGUUUCGUUUCUCGACCAGACUACGCAGAAUCUUGACUGGUACGGCACCGAAACCACAAACCCUAAAAAAGAUAUUCAUCGUUCUAAAUCAAGAUUAGGGAACUACGAGAUAGUGGAGCUAAGCGUGGAGGAUCUACUAGCGAAAUACACACAUUACUGCCAGAUCUGCGGGAAAGGGUUUAAGAGAGACGCGAAUCUAAGGAUGCACAUGAGAGCACAUGGAGACGAGUACAAGACACGUGAAGCCUUGAUCAGCCCAACAAGCCGUGACAAGAACGUCGAAUACUCGUCAAUGAGGUAUUACUACUCGUGCCCUCAUCAAGGGUGUAGAUGGAACCAAAGGCACGAGAAGUUUCAGCCGUUGAAAUCUGUGAUUUGCGCCAAAAAUCAUUACAAGAGAAGUCACUGUCCUAAAAUAUAUAUGUGCAGAAGAUGCAACGUGAAGCAUUUCUCGGUUCUGUCUGAUCUAAGGACGCACGAGAAGCAUUGUGGGGAUAUCAAGUGGGUUUGCUCUUGUGGAACUAGGUUCUCUAGGAAAGACAAGCUUAUGAGCCAUGUUUCUUUGUUCUCGGGCCACUCACCGGCCCAUGAGCCGUCGCAGCAGCAACCUCCGAUGAUCACCCCCUAAAGUAAUACCACGGCCGGAAUUGAGUUCUAAAAGCAGCAUUAUUGUUUAGUACCCUCGUGAAUAUCUCAUGAUUUUUUUUUUUGUAACAACUAUCUCAUGAAUAUAUCUAUUAUUUUAAAAGAGAAAUACAUAUAAAUUAAAAUUUGUUUCAUGUAUGAUUUACACAAAAUUCCACUAAAUUUAGUUUUAUUUUUAUAGUAUUCAUUAAUGAUGUUUUAGUUUUUUAAA